GAUCGACAGGACUCUAGCUCUUCGCAUCAUGGCUUCUCAGACCACAAGCAAGCAGGCCAGCUGGUCGUCUGCAUACUAUGUAUGGCCGUCCCUCUCGACAAUACGAAAACUGCGCUGACAUGCAUGCAUCUGCAGCACGAUGAUCGCCAGCUGUUGGAACAGCUGCACCACUUCCAGCGUUGCCUCAACGGCAUCCAACAGCGGUUGUACGAGAAGAGCGUGACCAUCCAAAAUCUUCAAGAGAACUUCAACCGAGAACGAAGCGCGAUGGCAUACGAGAUCUCGACACUGAAGAUGAAGCUUGCACUCGAGGAACGAAAGGGAGAGCUUGUGGCGAGAGAACGAAAAAACAGUAGUGUGAACGAGGAGGGCGUGUCUGAUGGUACCAUCGCUGGGACCAACAAGCUCCAAGACGGACUCGAGCAGGCUGAGGAAAGGACGUCGAAGCCGCCCUUGGCAGACUGCCGCAAAGUACAGCACCAAGCCCUAGAGCCUAAAUCUCAGAAAGAACAAGCCCAUACGCUCGUACAACGAAGGCUAGAGACAGCUGCCUCAACGAGCCCGCUCGCAAUCGGAACUGAGAGCUGGGAACCUGCUCAUGAGACCGCACUCCCAAGCGUCGAGCAUGCGCCUCAGCAGGGACAGGGACAGGGACAGGGACAGCGUAAACGUACAAAACGCCCCCUCCGCCGUGGCGACUGUAGUUAGCUUUGUGUGUUUGAGCGUCACGCGACA